AACACAAAUUAAUCUAUUACGAUGAAUCAGUUUCAAACGGAGAGACGUCUUUGUUGGAGCUACUUAUUCGCGGCAGUGCUUCUUGCUGUGUCAGUGUUGUGUAUUGCAAUACCGUACAACCACUGGCGUACUACCCUGGAUUUGUGUCCUGGCGGAUACUUUGAGAAUACAAACUGCGGUUGUAUACUAUAUGGAGUAAGCACAUCUCAGACCUUCAAUGGUGGUCAUAACUCCUACUGCUUGUACGCGGUGUUCGCCCCACUGCCUGUAAUCGCGUUUGCCGUGAUUAUGGCCCUGUUCCAUAUGUACAGAGUGUGUAUCAAUAAUAUAGGACAGUAUGAGGAUGAAAAAUCAACUACUAUGGAAGAAAUAGAGGGUGAGUCAAUAGUAGUGAGUACGAGAACCAGAGUGAGCAGGAAAAAUGAUGCUGUGAUAUAUUGCUGGAUUCCUACAUCUAGUAUAGCUGCCCUGUUUGCCGUGUAUUCUCUGGUUCAUGCUUCUAUUGUAACCGCUGGCUUCUAUAAAACCUGCAAUCAGUACAGAGGAAAUUUAGUGAGGGAGUUCCGUGCCGCUGGGGACCAGGCAACCGCGAUACAUUUCCGACUGGCGUGCCAAGCAAUUUACGACUUUAUGGAUUACCUACAAAAAGACGCACCAAAUAGUCGGCGAGGUGAUAUCAUCAACACAGGUGUGGCAUUGCAGCUCGCAAUAUUCUGUGCAUGGGCAUCUGUAGCUAUAUGGAUAGCUAUAGUUAUACUAACCGCAAUGAGAGCGUACAGAGAGCGACAUGUACUCACAUGCUGUGGGAACUAAUUUAGAAAUGGAGUGUUGUAACUAUGAUGCGCAAACAUCCAGUCAAUUAGACAAAGUGACAUACUUAUAGUAAGGAGACCUUCACCUUAUUAUG